GGGAGGAGGAGAAGGAAUAAGGAGAAGAAGGGAAGCUGCUAGAAAGAGUGCUGGAGAAAACAUAGGACAUAGAGAGGGGAGUGCCUGCGUUUGCAGCGGAUUAAAAACUGCGCAAUUUCCACACGCGCAUCUCCACCACAUUAAAAUGCAUCUCAUAAGUGGACAUAAGGGACUCGCGCCGCGGCACAAUUUUUUGGCAACAUCCUCGCUUUGCCAAAGAAGAGAGAAGUCGUGAGAUAUGUGCACGCUGUUUUGGAGGGGAAGACUCUGGAAUAAUGCGCGCUGAUGUUUGUCACAUCAUCUCAUUUUACAGUGGUUUCAUAUAGCAACUGCGCGGACAGUCCACAUCCACGCCGACAUUUUUUAAAAUGUGCACGAGCGCGUUUACAAUGUGCAGAUUAGUGACAUCAUGAAGGUGCUGGCGGAUCGCGGUCUGCUGCGUUAAUUCAACGCGCGCGAGAGGAAAGAAACUGCGUAGUUGCUUUUGAGUUUUUUUUGUUUUUUUACAAUGAGGACAUGCGAGAAGAAGCCACCUCCCAGUCUGACCCUCCGUGCUUUAGCAGAUGUUGGUUCACCGUGGUUGAGAUUUGGAUGGCCAACAUGAGUGUCUCUCAGGAAGACUCAAGGACUCACAGGGCCACCGGAACGCACACACUGCCUUCUCUCAGCCAAUGGGAGGGGACGGUCAAAACACACUUUUAUAAGUGGACCGAUAGGAUGGAUAGAUGGUACCCGCACAGCUACCGUGCCUGGAGUGGAGGGGGGAAGACAAAGCUCCUCCUCCCCCCAACUCACUCACACAUUGCUCCGGAGAGAACGAGGAUGAGAAGAAGAGAGAGACAGAUAGAGAAGGCAUCAGGAAGAGGAAGAGUGGAGAGAGCAGCUUCACAGAUCCUGUCUAACUUUUGGGAUCCAGGACUGCAGGAGACGCCAGCUGGUCUCGCGGGACGAGUUUCACAACUGGAGUGAUCCACAACCGCAGAGUCAGCUGAGAUGAUCAACCAAUGGUGCUAAACCCUUCAGAAGGUUGAGAGGUGGUGCUAGAUGCUGAUUUGACAGUUGUCAGGAGUACCAGACAACAGCUUCUCCUUCGUUUUGGUGAGUGACCCUCUCUGUUGUGCAGUGGAGGGCUUCACACUCACAGCUAGUGUGGCUGAAUGCAUCACACAGCAGAACAGUUCGGUGGGUGCAGCACACGGGACCCGUUUCCUCUGGACGGACUCAACCGGGGACCAUGGGCUUCCGUGAGCAGCCGCCCCUGGCUACCUCCCUCCAGGUGCUUACCUGGUGUCAAUCAACACCAAUUAUUCCCCCAUCUCCCACCCAGUCACAUGCCUGGGCUAAACCAUCCUAGUAAAUUCUUAAAUAAUGGUCCCUUACCUCAAGGGGAUAAGCAGGACCUGUCUCAGGCUUUGAUGCCAGGAUUACAAAGAGUGCCCCCAGCACCUCCCAGGCCUUGGGAACCAACAAGAACUGGUCAGGGAUAUGAACCAUUGCCUGGUGAUGAACACAACCGUCUGCACAGUGGCUACAAUGCAGAGCCUCCUGAACACCUCACUGUUCGAGCCAAUCAGCUACUGAAGUAUGGUGCUCCUCAUCCUCAGCAUGGCUCCCGGCCAAUGCCUCCAUUACCUGAUCUAUGGACUCAACCUCAGACUCCGCAGCAACCCAGGGGAUCUCACUCUCAAGCUGGGCAGUUAAAACGGCCAGGGCCCCCUCUGGGAGAGCACUCAGUCAUCCAGCACACACCUGAUCCGUCUCUUCAUCGGCCCAUGGAGGACUGUCCCAGCCCUAUCAAGAGAAAGAAGAGCUCUGGGUUUGAGCAGCAGAAUCCUCAUCCAGCCAUGCAGCACAUAUCUGGGCCACCUGUACAUUUGAAUCAGCAGCCAUGCUCCCACUAUCCCCUACCCAAAACUGGCUUUUGGAACCCAUUGCACAAAGGAGGGGGACCCUGGAACCCAGCUGAAUGCAAAAGCGGGCCCAUCGAUUUCCAAGAUUCCGCUAAGCCACGAAUUGGAAGUUUCCCCUACAAACCACCUCCCUUGAAUUCGUCAACCAUGUCUCCACCCUCCAUUCCCCCCACAAGAGGUUAUGGACAGAGCAGAGGUCCUCCACCACAAUCCCACAAGACCACUCUAUCACCACAGUCUCUGGGACCACCAGCACACAACCCUCACGUCCAACAUCCUACAUACCCCUACCCCAACAACAGACCUUCAGUUCAAGGGGAACCACAGGGUACUACUCCACAAAGAGGACAAGAUUCUGGAGUGAGUUCUUUGGAUAACCAGGCUCCACCACCUACAUUCUCCUUAUCACUGCGGACAGAUAGAGACCGCCCAGCACCCUCACCAGCAAACCACACCACUGUGCCUUACAGUCACCCCCAGUUCCAGCCUCACCCUGGACUGGUCCAUUCCACCAGCCCACCGGCCACAGUACCUCAGCACAACCCCCAUAAACCCUGGAAGAACCAGGUGACACACAGACAGCAUAUAGAGUCACGUGACUAUUCAGGCACAGGGGAUUCUCAGGUUACCCCUAGCCUUUCCCAGGCACAGAAUAGGGUUGUUGGUGAUGAACAGAGUCCAAAGACACCCCAACGCGUGAGCCCUCCUCAGGCCCCUGCUCGAGCACCUGUGAUUACCCCAAAUCUGGAAACUUCCCAUCCACCUCGUUCCCUUGAACUUUACACCAAUGAUGGAAGCAUCCCUAGAAUGAGCUCAGCACCCCCCACCACCUGCUCCAACCCAAGUUCCCUAAGCAGUUGGAGACCCACAGACUCUUCAGUGCUAAUCUCAAACCCAAACCAUGUAUCAAUGAUUGAACCACAUCCAGGGUAUCAGGGCGUCCACCCUGGUGUUGGAACCCAUCCACACCCACAUAGAAUGGCACAGUCUCGGCUUCAGCAGUCCACUGUUCCCCACACUGGACAAGGUAGACCUAACUACACCCCAGUUUCCUCUGCUCCUUCCACCCUAAACUCAGGGCUAAGAUCAGGAGAGAGUGUCAUCACCAGCAAUACAUCCAACACUCUCCCACAGACAGUCAGUUCACCCUUACAUCACCCUCAACCUCCAGCACACAUAACAGUCAACUCAGCCCUACAGUCAAUGCCUAACAGUUCAUACACAACAGUGGCCAUUCAAGCAUCCUCCUCAGUUCCUCAGGCAACUACUACUGUUCCAGCCUCGGUCUACCAAAGGCCCUGUUUGCAACCUGCUGCCCCAAGUCCUCAGUCCAUUGCUGAUGCUUUAAAUAAGCUCGAUGCAGAGCUGCAGGGCCACAUGCAAGCAGAGGAGAGAAGGAGAGAGCAGGAGGAGGAGAGGAAACGGAAUAAAGAGAGACAGGAGGUAGAGAAAAAGCCACAAAAUGAAUCUGCCAUCAAGUGUCUAGAGCGUUUGCUGUCAGGUACUGCAGCGGAGCCUCCGCCCCCUCGUCUCUCUCCAGCUAAUACACCUUCUUCCAUCUCAUCUCCUAGCCAGAAUUCACCACCCUAUCCCUGGCUGAGUCGAGGUGGAGUGCCCCCACGUCCUUCUGGAUCUACAGCAACCCUUCUGGAACGACCACAGCCACCUCCUCUCACCCCUCAGACCGAAUAUGCACGUGAGAAGCAAAGGCAGAGAGAGAAGUGGAAGAGUGGAACAUCCUUCAGUCCUCCAUCACAGAAUUCCACUGGGAUACAUACAACAUACCCCUCCAAGCCUGGUCUUACAUGCCCCUUGUUCAACUACACAAUGCAAUCAAAACCCAACCCAUCCAAAGACCCCACCAUGCUGAAAGGCUCUCAUAAUGUUGGAAUUAGGGAUGCUAUACCCAACCCCCCACCCUUGAGAGAGCCACCUAAGCUUUACCAGGCCUUCCCCAAGGAUGCUCACUCUUCCUGCACACCAAUCAGUAUGACUGCAAGUAGCUUUCAAAAACAUAUGCCCAAUAAAGGGCUUGGAAGUCUGGGUAGCAGUGCUAGCAGCUGCAGUGGUGACUCUGAUAGUGCCCAGUUUGAGGAGGAACCCUCUGAGCUCUUGCCUGAUGGAUUAGCUAACAUUAUGAAGAUGCUAGAUGAGUCCAUCAAGAAGGAGGAGGAGUUGUAUUCUGGUCAGAGUGAAAAACGGACUGUACCAGAAACUAAAUUUUCUGCAAAUAUGACUCCAAUGAAGGGUUAUUUAUGUGCUCCAGACCUCAUGCCUGCCCUAAAACAAUCUCCAACAGAAGAUUAUCAGCCAGAUGGCCAUGCAAGCCCACCUGUGUUAAGUCGGCAAGGUUCAUUGGCGUCUCCUUGCAGCCGCACAUCUUCACUUGAAGAAGAGGAUGAGGUUCUUAAGAUCAUUCCCAAGCCUGCCAGUGUCAUUUGCAUGCAGUCCCAAGAGAGCCUUCUUGCCACAACAGGACCCAACUAUCGCCAUAGUGACUUGGCUAAGCUGUAUGGCCUUCCAGAGGAGGAGAAAAGUGAGGAUGAUGAAGAAGCGGAUCGAGAAGAUGAAACCCCAUCUUGUUCACCACCACCUCAGCGGCCACACCUCCAUCAGACAGGUGUAAACAGCAUGUUUAAAAACCUUGCAUCUGUGCUUGAGAGCCAGAAAUACACCUACCGUGGUGGACCCUUUGGUCGCCCACCUCCCUCUGCUUUUGUGGGAGUGAAGUACUCUUCCUCUCUUUCUCUUGGACCUGACAUUUGCAGGCAACAACAAAGCACUUCCCCCACAUCAGGUUCAGCUAAUCACCCAGGCUUUAGCAGUCCGACCCAAACCCCUGCCAGUAGUAACUCAGGUCAGCCUCGUCCCCUCUCACCUUUAGGAUGGGUGUCAGAGAGGAAGAAAGACACUAAGAUAAACCAGUCAGAUCUUUUGGUCAAUGGUGAUGAGGAAGAAAAGAUAGAAGAACCCCCAGGAGAGAAGGAUUCUGAAUCUAUGAAAGAGUUAGUGGAGAUGGGAAGACUACCAAAGUUGACCACCAUCUCAGAAUCUUUGCUAGCGGAACUUGGUCAUAGCUAUGAGGUGAACAAACACACACUCCCUUCUACAGACCGCUCAAAGGCAGAGUUGCAUGAGAUUUGCAAACCUGUUAAAGAAAAGGGCCGACAUAGAGACCAAGAACGAGAGAGGAAACACAAACAUAUUAGCAGUAGCAAGAAACAUGAGGACAGGAAAGAGAGAAAGAAAAAGCACAGAGAAAAACAAGACGAUAUGUCCCUUUCUUCUUCAUCUUCCUCAUCCUCCAGCUCCAGUCGACGGCACAAGGACAGAAAGUCACAUAAGGAAAAGAAGAGCAGGCAGGUGCUGGGUAACUUGGACCUUCAGAGUAAAGAGUUCAGGGAGAAGGAACAAGAGCAUGAUGGGGACAUGAAGAAAAGGAAAGAGGAAUGUAGUCGACCCCAGAGUGAAGGGGAAGAGUGGGCACAGAGUAAGGACAAGAGCAAUAACUCUGGACGUUCCUCCGAACUCCCAUCAGCUUCAUCAGCAUUAUGUACUGACGACUUUCAGAAACUGAAGGCAUUGACAGAUGGGCCACCCAAAGAACUAAAAAUCCGCCUAAUAAAGGUAGAGAGUGGAGAUAGGGAAACAUUCAUUGCUUCAGAGGUAGAGGAGAAGAGGAUUCCUCUGGAGGAAAUCACCAUAAAGAACACCGCUAGUGAAAUCAUCCGAGCGUGCAAGGGAGCUCGCGUGAAAGGGAAGUUUAAAGAGUCUUACCUCCUACCUGCCUUCUCUGUGAAACCAAUUAUGACCACUAAGCAGCCCAUCCCUCGAGAGAAACUCAACCCCCCCACACCUAGCAUCUAUUUGGAGAGUAAAAGAGACGCAUUCUCACCAGUGCUGUUGCAGUUCUGCACAGAUCCUAAGAACCCCAUCACUGUCAUUAGGGGACUUGCUGGCUCCCUAAGACUAAAUCUGGGUCUGUUUUCCACUAAGUCUUUGGUGGAGGCAAAUGGGGAACAUUCAGUGGAAGUGCGGACCCAGGUCCAGCAGCCAGCAGAUGAGAACUGGGAUCCUAGCGGCACUGGCCAAACCUGGCCCUGCGAGAGCAGCAGGUCGCAUACAACGAUCUCCAAGUACGCUCAGUACCAGGCCUCCAGCUUCCAGGAGAGCUUACAGGAAGAGAAGGGCAGUGACGAUGAUGAUGAUGAAGAUGAGAAACCAGCCACUAACUCUGAGAAUACAUCCAGUAACUCCCCAGCUCCAGGCUCCAGUUCAGAGCAGAAAGCUGUGGGAAAGAUAAUUAAAUUUGGCACCAACAUUGACCUCUCUGAUCCUAAAAGAUGGAAGCCCCAGCUGCAAGAACUGCAGAAGUUGCCGGCAUUUAUGCGUGUGUCCUCCAGUGGGAAUAUGCUGAGCCAUGUUGGUCAUACCAUUCUGGGCAUGAAUACAGUACAACUUUACAUGAAGGUCCCUGGCUGCCGCACACCAGGACACCAGGAGAACAAUAACUUCUGUUCUGUGAAUAUCAACAUUGGGCCCGGAGAUUGCGAGUGGUUUGCCGUCCAUGAUGACUACUGGCAGGCUAUCAGUGAUUUUUGUGAAAAGCAUGGAGUGGACUACCUUACGGGAUCAUGGUGGCCAGUUCUGGAUGACUUGUACCGCUCUAAUAUACCUGUGUACCGGUUCAUCCAGAGGCCAGGAGACCUGGUAUGGAUCAACGCUGGCACUGUACACUGGGUUCAGGCCGUGGGCUGGUGCAACAACAUCGCUUGGAAUGUGGGGCCUCUCAGCUCAUAUCAGUACCAGUUGGCUUUAGAGAGAUUUGAGUGGAACGAAGUGAAGAAAGUGAAAUCCAUCGUUCCUAUGAUUCAUGUGUCCUGGAACAUAGCACGCACUGUCAAAGUCACCGACCCAGACACUUACAAGAUGAUCAAACACUGUCUCCUCCAGUCAAUGAAGCACAUUCAGAUCCUGAGGGACCAGCUAGUGGCAGCAGGAAAGAAGAUCUCCUACCAGAGCAGAGUGAAGGAUGAGCCAGCCUACUACUGUAAUGAGUGUGAUGUGGAGGUGUUUGACCUGCUGUUUGUGACCAGUGAGAAUGGCAGUCGGAAGACGUAUGUAGUGCACUGUGAGGACUGUGCACGACAACGCAGCCCUAACCUCUCCAAUGAAGUAGUGCUGGAGCAGUACCGCAUGGAGGAGCUGAUGAACGUGUAUGACUCUUUCAGCCUGGCCAUCACUCCCAGCUCCCGAUGAGGAUGACUCACCCCUUUCCCUCACACAGCCAUAACCAAAACUCCUGCUUGCAGGACAAGAUCUUUUAUUUUAGUCCAAUUCAGGACUUAAUUUUUUCCACCGGUAAUUUUUUAACUACUACUGCUUAUAUUUGUUAAACAGCCAAUUGAAAACCAGUUUACUCAGCAUUGUUUACAGAACCAAUUAGCCAAUAAGACUCCGGUUUACUUCUGUUUGUCUUGUGUACCAACCUCUGAAUGGCUCUGAGGGACUUCAAAUGGAACGCAGUUGAUGAGAUCAUGUCAUGUCUGGCAUGUCCGUUUUUUGGUUUUUGUUCGUAGUUUUCUUUCAUGUUGCUUUUUUGUUUUGUCUUGAAUACUGAAUUGUGUAAAUGCUCUUUGUACUUUCUGUGGGGUGCUUAUUUUUCUCCAAUAAUUUAAUAUUUUUAAAACUAGAACAGCCUAGAUAUAUACCACAUUGGCCUUGUGACUUGUAUUUAGUGAAGAGAUCAAAUUAAUAAUACUACUAAUACAGCUAUGGACAUUUUUCUAAAGCAUUAAGAAUUAAAAGAAAUACAGUUGUUCAGAAUGCUUCAAAACAUACGGGUUUUAAAGACUUUCAGUUUUAGAUAUGGAAUGUUGUGUUUAUGAUGUCGUCAUUUUGUUUUCCACAAAGAAUAUUCAUCAUCAGGACAAAAAGCAUUUUAGUUUUUUUUUUAUUUGUGUUUCAUUUUGUGAGACUAUAAUUGUUCGGUUUCAUCAGUUUUGUUCAGUGAAUUGUUUGUCACCUCUAUACAGAUCUAUCCUCUUUUUUUUUUCUCGUUUUAUUUUUUUUUUUUUAUAAAUUGUAAAAAAAAAAAGUUAUUUAAAAAAUGUCUUCUAUUUAUUGGAUAUAAAAUGUUCUCCCCUGCCUCAAUAUGGUUAUCAGAAAUGUAUUAAGGGUUUCUAUUAUUGUUCUAAUUUCUUUGUAACAUUUUAAGGGGGAGGAGUUAAAGGGUGCUGAUAUAUUUUUGUUGUUAAGUCUUGGAGCUCACCCCUUUAAAUAUCUUUCCUGUCUACACAUUAAAUCUCUCAGAACUAACUCCAUGUCCAUUUAGAUUGUUGAGCACAGAAUGUCAGGAUGUGAUUAAUAAAUUGUCUUUUGACCACAAGUUUUAAAAUCGACUUUUUCCCACCAACCUUAACAAGUGACUUAAAUGUGAUCACUGUUACAUAUUUGGACACCUGUUUACCAUGUCAGUUUUAUUUUGGAAAAAAGUAAUUAAUAAAUUCAGGGGCCUUGUUCAUAAGAGUUCUCAGAUUAGAAUAGCUCUGAUUAUUUUAUUUUACAUAAAAUGGUGACUUGGACUUAUGUCAGUAAUACUGAGCCUAGAUAAGCAACCUACUCUGUCAUGAAAUCACACAAUUCAUGUACUGGGGUAGAACAGUUUUUUUAAGACAUUUAGUGGUGCUUCUGUCCUGUUGUAAAUGCUGUUCAUUUGAGGACACAUUUGCCAUGCUGACUACAGCAAAUGUAAUUUUUUAAUAUACACAGUGUGAAAGGGGAUUGAAACGCAUUAUCUUUGAUAUGUAAACUGUCAUUUUUACCGAGCUAUAGAGGCGUUAGCUUGAAAUAAUUCAUGUAUUAUCAGGAAAAGUUGGUUUUAUGAUGUAGAUGGUGCUGAGUUCUUCUUGAGCUACUCUCUUGAUUUUAAGAUUUUUUUUUUUUUAUUUUUUUUUCCCUGUUGCAAUAUACACUUCUUUAUUCUCUUAUUUUUAUUUUUGUGGUUAUUUAAAAUCUGCACUGUUUUGGAAUUCACACACGAAGCAAACUGAGCCAGACAUGUCUUAAACACUUUGUGAAUUUGUGUGACAUUGAUAUGAUUACUCUGAAUAAUAUUAAAUGCUUUUUGAUAAACUUGA